AUGGGCAAGCUCUACACGUACGGCUGCGCAGCCUUCACCGCCGUCGGCUCCUUCAUGUGGGGCUACGACUCUGGUGUCUUCGGUACCACGAUUGCCCAACCCUCCUGGAACACAUACUACGGGUACCCCACCGGUGCCAUCCUCGGUGGUAUCAUCUCUUCGUACGCGGGUGGUGCUGCGGUUGGGUGUAUCCUCGCCACCAUGUCCGAUCGGAUCGGUAGGAGGAGGACGGUGCAGAUUGGUGGGUUGACGGCGUUUGUGGGGACAUUGUUGAUGGCUGCUGCGGUGAAUGUGGAGAUGUUGUUGGUUGGGCGUGUGAUUGCGGGUUUGGCUAUUGGGAUUUUGUAUUCGUCCAUCCCACUUUACCAAUCCGAGAUUGCGCCGCCGACGAAAAGAGGGUUCGUGGUGGGGUUGCACACGCUUUUCAUUUCGACUGGGUUCGCAUUGGCGAAUUGGAUUGGGUACGCGUCGUAUUGGUCUGGGAAUGACUUUCAAUUUCGGUUCCCGAUGUCGUUUCAGUGUUUGCCUGCGCUCAUCUUGACGAUUGGGAUGCAAUUCCUGCCGGAGUCGCCGAGAUGGCUGAUCGAGCAAGGUCGCUACGAGGAGGCCUACACCGUCACCAAGCGUCUCCAUUACACCGACACGCAAGACGAGACAUUCUUCGAACAAGAAUUCCACCAGAUGAAAGAACAAAUCACGUAUGAAAAACAAGAAGAAGUAACCUCAACCCUCGAACUCUUCCGUCGCCCCUCCUACCGCAAACGCAUCCUCCUCGCAAUCUUCAUCCAGGUCGGAACACAGGCCUGCGGAACGAACGUCGUAAACUACUACCAAACCAAAAUCUACGAAUCCGUCGGAAUCAAGGGCUCCACCGUCCUCCUCCUCGCCGCACUCUAUGGUAUGGUGGGUCCCCUCUCCACCCUCGUCUCCACCAACUUCAUCGACCGUUGGGGCCGCGUGAAGGCAACAUUCUGGUCCCUCAUCUUCCUCGGUAUCGAUUUCAUCUUCCUCGCCGCCCUUAUCGCAACCUACUCCAACAAAGCUGGCGCCGGCGCGGCAAUCGCUUUCCUCUUCCUCUUCUCCAUCAUCUACUCACUCGGGUUCAACGCCGUCUGGGCCGUCUACACAACCGAGCUCUUCCCCAUGGCUCUCCGUGCCCGCGGAGGCGCAAUCGCGACAUUCUUCUCCUUCGUAACACAAAUCAUCUUCUCGCAGGCUUCGCCAACCGCGUUCGAGAAUUUGGGGUGGAAGUAUUAUAUCGUGUUUAUUGUGUUGGAUUUCGUGUUUGCGGGGAUGGUGUUGAUGUUUUGUGUUGAGACGAAGGGGAAGACGCUUGAGGAGAUUAAUGAGUUGUUUGGGGAGAGGGUUGUGGUGAGGAUGGAUGAGAGGGGGGAGGUGGAGAUGGAGAGGGGUGUUAUUAGUCCGGUUGAUGGAGAUGAGAAAGUCAAGAUGGGUGGGCAUAUUGAGGAUGUUGAUGAUCCUUCGCAGCAGUCUCCAGUUGCGUUUUGCAGACCAGCUGCUCGGUGCCGGCCGUGGGACGUGCCGUGCCACCUGAUUUCGCAGGGUAGUCCUCAGCUUGAACGACUGCGAGUCAACGUCAACCGCACUCAAAACACUGCUCCAUCGAUUACCUCUGCUAUCUUCUUGGUCUUUCUGCUUGCUCGCCUUGUCUUCUCACUGCUCCCUAACCCAGCAUUCACCCCCGCCAUGCCCUUCCCCGAAGCCAGGGCCAUCCCCCGCACCAUCAGCACCUUCCAAAGCGUCCUCCUCACAUGCUACCACAUCGCCGUGUUCCAGCUCUGGACGAUCGCCUUCAUGUUCACCCUCGGUCCCGAAGGUUGGAGCGCGUUUCCCCUUGCCGUGAAGGUCGCGUAUUUGGUCCCUUAUGUCGUUACGGGGAUAUUUGGUGUUAUGCCGCAACACAACAUCGGCCUCUCGGACCCCAUCCGGACCCCGACUGAGUGCGUCAUCCGAUUACUUCUCCUCUGGGCGUACUGGACACUCGUUCACCUGCUUUGGGCUGCGGCAUUUCUUCUCGCGUUCGUGGCGGAUGACAACAGUAUCUGGCAGGAGCAGAGAUACUGGGGGGGAAUUAGUCUCAUCGUGGUUGUGAGGACCGCGUUUUUGAUGCCGAUGGUGAUUACGGGUUGUUCAGGUGGAUGGGGUUGGCCGAACAAGCAGAACAUGCGGUUUGGCCUCUUUCUCUACAAGGUUGGCCGAUCUUGGCGUAUCCCAACCUCUACCCAGCUCCACGCACACAGAUCUCAACAGGCACAGCAGAGCUUCGCACGGUCACAAUCCACGACAUCCCCUCCCGCACAACCUCCCUCCCUCGUCAAGCUAUAUCCAGUCUCCCAACAACCUCUCGCCAACCCUUCAACACGACUUGUCCAGUUUGCUUCGAUGAUCCGGGAUCCAGAGAUGGGAUGGACUUUCUCGUUACGGAAUGUAACCAUCAGAUUGCAUAGAGAUGAGCUACUUGAUUAUGCUCCGCCGGUGACUGCAGGUGAUGAAUCAUCUACCGAAUUGCAGAGCAUUGGAGUGACAGAACGUCCUUCAGUUCCUUCCCCUGAUGAGCCAAACUUAUUCACGGCUUUGCCUGAAGGGCGCGACAGUGAGCCUACGCAAGAAGACAUUCGGGUCACAGAAAAGAAUGAAGAGAACGAUUGCUGGUGCAUCGGGUGCAAAGUCCAUCUUUCCAAACUGAAACUAGGCGAAGCAUUUGACGUGCUAAUCGAAAAAGGCAUUCGUGAGAAUCUGUACAUCACCUUGUUAGCCCAUUUUAUACAGGCCAUUAACGUGGUGUAUGUACAGAUGCAACGACUGUGA